AGUUUGUGCAACGUGUGUAAGCUGUCCGUGAAUAGAAGUAGUAAGGAUAAGAUUGUUUGUGGACAAUGUAAUUCCUACUUUCAUGGAAUGUGCGUAAAACUAGGAGAGACUGAAAUUGAGGAGCUAUCGGCUAGGCCUGCUGGUUGGACUUGUAAUAAGUGUCUUAAUAAGCUUAGGGCUGAGCGUAGUAAAAAUGAUUCAACACCUGUUCGUACGAGCAGUACGACGAAUAUAAGUGCCGGUUCUAUUGUCACUCUAGAAUCUUUGAACAAUUCCUUGGAGGAGCUUAAGGCUAUUUUCAGUGCUAGUCAACAAAGUUUGAAAGAGGAACUUUUUAGUGCUAUCGGUGCGUGCACUGCUAAAAUGAAUGAGAACUUUGCGACUCUUUCUGCGCAAGCUCAACUUAUAAAAGACCAGCAGACAACUAUAAAUGAGCUAUUAAGUGAAAAUGCUACUCUUAACAAGAGACUUGAUGCGGUUGAAUUGCAUGCGGAUAGGAAUGAGCAGUAUUCCAGGAGGAAUCUUCUAGAGAUACAUGGUAUUCCCUCAAUUCCAAACGAGGACGUAGUUGGGACGGUUCUUAGUGUGUGUAGAAGUGUGGGCUUAGACUUUAAGAGGCAGUCCAUAAUUGGCUGUCAUAGAUUGAAAAAACGGAACAAUCGUCCUUCGGCUGGUAUUGUCGUGAAGUUUUUGUGCCGAGAUGAUGCGGAAGCCUUGCUACAAAAGCGGAAAGUUAAGCACAACUUGAACACUGAGCAUAUCGGCAUUGGUGGGCAAGCGAUGCCGAUCUAUAUCAAUCGGUCGAUGACUGAGAGGCGGAGGCAGCUGUUCGCCAAGGCUAAGAAACUGCAGCGAGAUAAGGGUUUCAGAUACGUUUGGGCUGAUAGAAACGGAACAUUGAAGAUAAGGCCGACCGAAGGAGGCAGAAUAUUCGUUGUCAACUCGGAGGAGGACUUGCGGUGCUUUCAGGCUGAUAGCGCUGGCAACGGAGGCUCCGAUGGGUGCACCGACAAUCGCUCUACUGAUAAGUGAUAACGCUUCCUAAAGAUUGACCAUCCCAUUGCUAUCUUUUGAAUAGUCGAAUUUUAUAAUGCAGUUUUGAUUUAUCAUCUUGAACAUUAUUUUUCCACUUGUUGAAUUUUUUAUGAUUUUCAUUUAUUUAUUAUUAUUUAUUUUUAUUGAGGCCUCUUUAUUAUCCUGAUUAAUCUAUUUAUAAUUCUGAAUUACCCUUUUAGGACUGAUUAAUUUAUUAUUCAAGUGAAGUACGUUACAUCUAUGAACAGGUAACACAUAAAACUGAGUUUCAAUAUAAAUUAAAAAGACUAAUAUUAUGCCCUGAUAGUCUUUUAAUAUUAUGUACGAAGUUUAAUAUUACCUUAUAUUAUAAACAAUUAAUUUUUGUCUAAUAUGUCUAUAAUAUCUUGUAUAAAUUGUCUCUGGUUAUUUGUUUUGUUUUUAGGCAUAUUUCAUAUUAGAAAGGUGCAACAACAAGA